CGCUGAUUGGUCGCCAAACCGUCUCUCGCUCUCUUCUCGUUGGUUACCGUUUGGUGAUCACAGAAACACGUCCAAAAAAAAAACAACAAAAAAACAAAAAAGCAAGCAGCGCCGCCGUGACGGAGCCGUGCUCUUGAGUCCCGCGGGUCGUGCCAGACAGGACGGGGGCGUGGUGGUGGUGGUCCAGCCGUGGAAGUAGAUGGAGGUGUAGAGAAGCGUAAACGUACAUUUAAGACGGCUUUUUACAUUUCAACGAACAUAAGUUUUGGAUUCUUUUAAGUCUUUUUUUCCCCUGUCUCAACGUUUCCAAUGAAUUGUACCAGGCUCCAGCAUCGCCAUGACCCUGAAAACAGGAUAAACGGUUGGGAUAAUGGAUGGAUGGCUCAUUUGGAUAAAGUUGUGAUCGAAAGCGGAGCACAGACCCAUUUUUCCUCCUGUGGAGACCAGUUGGCAAUGAUGCUGCAAUACUACAGUCUGGCUUUGUGAUCGACCAAUAAGCAGGCAGCCAGCCAAACAGCCAGUAAAACAUUUGGCUGUUUUAUUGACUAAAAAGCUGUUUCACCUGCAUCCAGAAAUAUUGCACACCCUUAAGACAGGACUGACCAGUAGAAGACAGGGUUCUCCACAUAUUGAACCCUCGUCCAGGGAUUCCAUCUCCAAUCAUGCCUGUUGACAUGGCGAUGAGAAUCUGCCUAGCCAGCUCUCCACCUCUACGCUCCUUCCUCGGAAACUAUGACAACUGCUGUCCCUCCUCGACGGCUGCCCUGUUACCACGAUGUGAACCGCUGCGCCCCUGCCUCAGCUCCAAACACUGCAGUGAGACCUCCUGCUUAACAGAGGGCACCAGCACAACCAUGGCGCUUUCUAGCAAUGGUUGGGCAAGGAAGACUAAGAAGGUGGUUUUUGCUGACUCAAAAGGCAUGGCUCUGACAGAUAUCCAUGUUUUUAAAGAGACUGAGGAAGAUCCACUCGCCGAGCUGCAAUUCCAUUUGACAGACUUAGAGGGCGCCACAGCCAGGAUCAGGCUAGAAGAGGAGGAAGGCCCCGAGGACCACAGUCCCUGUCUGGUUCUGGACUUUCCCCAGCCGGCUUCAGACUACCUGGAGCUCAGGAACCGGCUUAAAGCCCAGCAGGUCUGCUUGGAGAACUGCUCUGUCCAGGAGCGCUCACUUUCUGGAACUGUCAAGGUCCAAAACAUCAGCUUUGAGAAAUCUGUUGCAGUCCGCAUCACCUUCAACUCAUGGCUCUCCUUCGAGGAUGUUCCGUGUAUCUAUCUGAACAACGUGUACAGCUGUCCUGAGACUGACACCUUCGCCUUCAGCAUCUCCUUCCCUGAGGUUUUGGAGCCCUCAGAACGGGUGGAGUUCUGUAUUCAGUACCAGGCAAAGAACCAGAUCUUCUGGGACAACAACAAUGGGAAAAACUACUGCCUAGUACCAGCCAACAGCAACCAGACUGGGACAGCCACUGGGACCGUGACACUUGAGAUCCAGAGAGACAGUGGCAGAGAGAGGAAGGUGGACAUGGAGUUUGAUCGGUUUGGAAGCCCCAGAACAUCUGCUGGGAUCUUCCCGGAGUGGCAGAGCUGGGGCCGCUUAGAGAGCAGCACCCCCUACUGGUAAGGCUGUCACAUGACAUAUCUUCUGCUCCAUUGCUGUAUUUGUUUCCCUAAAAGAAACGACUUCUAACCAAACCAGGAUUUAAAUUCACACCACCUUCGUAUGAACAACAUCAGCAGUUGGGGGACAUACUACAGCCUUCUUUGCUUCCCUAAAAUGAAUAUAUCUCGUCCUUAUUAGAAGCUAGGACAUCACGCGGAGAUGAAGGUUAAUCAAGCGAGAAAGCUUGAUAGAUUCAACUGUAAAUCAGGUUUUACCCAGAAGAACGUUGCCGACUUCAGAAUCCUAAAUGGAAAAACUCUUUAAGACCUCACGGGAGUUUCAGAAAGAUUUAUAAAUCCUUUUUAGAACGGUGUUCUCUAGCCCUGCUCCUGGACAGCUACCGACCAGUCACUUUCACUCCGACCCCAAUUUAACACUGGCGCGAAAAUCGACACAACCGUAUCUCUCCAGGUAAAGGGUUGGAGACCACUGUUUUAAAGAAUGCCAAGAACUGUAAAUCUGUUCAAGAUCUCAUACGGCUCUAUGAAGGCUUUGUAAGGUUUAGCAAAAGGAUUUCACAGCACAUGGCUUAAGCUUUACAAUGCUUCACCAGAGCAUCAUGGCAACCUGCGAACAAUGUUUAAGGGGAUUGGGCUGUAAGGGUGUGUCAUAGACAGUGGGCCUUCACCUAGCUCUUCCCUGAAUACCCCCCACUCAGCCAACUCCCACCCCACCCUCCCCACCGCCAGGACAAAUGGAAUGAUGAAGAGCUGUUCAGCCUUCACAGCAUCAAGUUGAAGGUGUGCUAUGUGGUGCUCAGCUCUUCAACAUGGAGAAUCCCAUCAGCCUGGAACACUUUCCAUACAUACAGUCAACAUACCUGCAACCAGCCUGUUAAACCCUAAGGGCAUGUUCCAUUAGAUAAAACAAACUAGACUUGAUUUGUUUAGACUAGAAUUAAGACCUCUAACUUUCUGCUGUGUUUUAGAAAUGGAAAAUAUUUUUACAGAUAUUUAAUGUGUUGAUCGUUUAAUGAUGUAUAAACCUUGAUGCCUUCUUCAGUGUUUUGGACAGGCGCACAGCUCGCAGUUCACUUUGAAUUCAGUCCACCCAGGAAGUCAGUUCUUUUUCCAAAACUAAUACUGAAAAUUAAGCCUGGCAAAAGAAAUAUUUAAAAUAAUGGAAAAUAUCACAUAGGCAUUACAUAAAUAUUUGUACCUGUAGUCAUGCUUUAAGUAAACAAAUUUCACUCUGUCUGUGAGUGAAUUGACUGAAUUGAAAGUGAAUUUGCUGCAACUUUUCUCUCUUUGGGUGAGAACCGUCAGCAUCAGCGCUGCGGAGCUGAUCUCAGUUCAGACAUUAAGUAGACAGAACUUGCACUUUAGUUUUAUUCCCAAAGUAUUCCAAAAUCUACCACUGCAAAGUGGAUGAAAUAUAAACUAUUCAGGGAUGGAGAAUACAUUGUUUCCAUUCAGUCCUCUUCAUUUUUAAAAAUGCUUGACUGAGUAUGUAUGUGUAUAGUAUGAGCGGGAUUAUGGCAUUGACCAAGAACACAAAGAAGAUGGAAUUGGAUGGGGUUCCUUAUUAUCUUUCGGUUCGUAAAGGAAGUACAUAGUGUUUCAAGUAGUAUAACUGACUUCUCAGGUUGGGGCAGAUGUUAUAUGCUCUUGGUAAAGUGUGUUUAAACUACUGCAGUACAACUUGGAAUUCGUUACCAGUAGCCAGUUCAGUUCUGUUGGUGUCCCGCAUUGCUGCACUGAAAUGCUAAUUGAAGGACCAGAGGGCAGACAUUUUGAUUGCUGCCAGGCAAUUUUGGGUCCACAGAUGGGUAAAAAUAAAUCGCAAGAGCUCCACAAGUAGGUGUCUUUCAUGGCCACCAUCGCCUUUUACUGAUGCUCUUGUCCUCAGUUUAUAACAGGCCUUUGCAUAUGUCAAAGACUUUACAGUUCUGUAGCAACAUUUCCAUGCAUGAGUCAGUGAAAAAAUGACAACGCUAAUACAACAUAUCAAGCUAUUGAUUCUUAUUGAUCUUGUUAUUGAGGGAAAAAAAAUUAUUUAAUUUCCUUGUCGUCCAUAGACCAAAAGUGAAUUUUAUUAGGAUUGACAUUCAAGCACAGUUAACAUCUGCUAUGCAGUCUCUUUAAGGAAAUGAAGCAGAAGCUUUUGUGCUCCAUGUCAAAGCUUAAGUAAAUUCAUAUUCCCAUAAUCUCUACCUGUUUUCUGUUAUGUCAAUCUUUAUCUUGUGUGUUUGUUUUUGUUUUUUUGUUUUUUGGAGAAUUUUGCGACUGAAACUACUCAAAAUGUUUCGAUCCCCUGGUUAAAACAGAGGUCAUGUCCAAUGUCACAUGACUUCUCCAAGUAUUUAAUGGUGCAAACCUGAAAAUUAAGGAGUCAGAUAAAGAAAUUAAGCAAUUGUCUUUAAUCCUGCUGUGCUGCCUCUGGCUUGGCAAGUGUUUAUCGUCAGGCAAAUAUUGAUGUAUAUAUCUGGGUGUGUUUGGAUAGGCUGAUCUGAGGAGGAAUGAGUGUUAAGGUUAAAGAGUGACAGCUUCAUUUUGGAGUGAGCUGACCUUGAUGCUACUUUGACAGUGCUGGAAGAAUAGUAAAAGAAAUGUAAAAGAGAAAUAGCAAUGUUUAAUUCUUUUUAGCAUGUGGAUAACACCACCCACUGUUUUUUUUUCUUUUUGUAAAAAUGCAAAAAGUGUCUAACCAUGUUAUUUGUGUUUGUAUGGUGAAAGGAAACCUCAGUGAUUUCUUUCAAAGAUUUUCUUGAGCAGUCAAGGUGAUGUUGUGUAAUGAUCAUUUUUACUGCCCUCUUGGAAAACCUGUGAAGGCCUGAGACACACACCUAAAAACAAGUGCACUUUUUUUGUUCGUUUUUCUUGCUGUAUUAGCUUAGGAAGCCUUCACUUAACAUAAAAACACUUCCAGUGCUAUCACCCAAGCUCUUUUAGUUACUUCUACAGCGGGUCUGUGUGUGUGUGUGUGUGUGUGUGUGUGGGUGCGUGUGUGUGUGCGCGCAUGCAUGUGUGUAUGUGAGUUUCCUCCUGUGCAGCACACGGGAGAAGAGCCAUAUAUAGAGUUUGGUCAGGUUUGGACUAUAAUAGGCGAGCAACAUUCUUACAGGGUGACUGAAAUAAAGAAAGCUAUUGUGAUAGGUUUCUUAACGGAAAGGGGUCAGUAAGUCUAGGAGAUUAGAGGGAAAUGAAAUGUGAAUGUGUAUUAAAGGGAAUCCAAAACCUUUAAAAAUGGAAAUGUUGCAAACCUUAAACUAACGGGUGGUGCUUUUUACAGCUAUCUAAACGAGCCGUAACAGGAUGUCGAUGUGCAGGAAAUCUACUGUAAACUUCUGCAUAUUUGUAGAGAAGUCUGACUGAAUGAUGGAAAACCACCAGUGAAACGGUGUCCUUGUUUAUUUCCAUCACAGUGCAAAGGUCCAACAUCGUGGGAAACCCGAAGCCACUUGACCACAGCCACACUAGUCAGGUUAGCCUGGGCUAACAACACAGGGACACAUCCCUCUGUUGACAGCAAGAAAUAAAUGGCCCAACGCUGACUAGCUCGGCCCGGCUUUGUGGUGGAAAUUGCGCUGACCUGGUUGGCUAGCUACUGUGCUGUGUUAGCCGUUGUACCCUAGCAACACUGAAAAGCGAUGUAAUGAUGUUCUACUGAAAUAUGGAAUUUUGUAAACGGGAAGUUGAAUAUCAGGUGACUAUAUGUCAAAAAAGAUGGACAAAAAAGGCAAAUAGUUUGAAUAUUUUUGUACUGUGAGGGAAUUUCUAUUUUUUGUCAGUUGGACUGUUCCUUUAUGUUUCCUUUCUGAAUAAAAGUAAUAUUUUAAGCCUCA